AUGGAGAGUACAAAAGUAGAGUCGCAUCGGUUCGAAGACGUCAAGCCGCGCUUAACGUACCGCACUGUGGCAGCAGUGAACGGGCCGCUCGUCGUGCUCGAGCGGGUGCGUCAACCGCGGUACGCAGAGAUCGUGACGAUCACGCUCUCCGAUGGAACCAGGCGACGCGGUCAGGUGCUGGAAGUAAACGGUGAUCGUGCUGUCGUUCAGGUUUUCGAGGGUACCUACGGAAUCGAUAGCGGCGGGACGGUCAUCGAGUUUACCGGCGACGUACUGCGCAUGCCACUCUCGCGGGACAUGCUGGGGCGCGUUUUCGACGGCUCUGGGAGGCCCAUCGACGGGGGGCCCGCCUUUCUCCCCGAAAAGCUUGCGGAUAUCAAUGGAUCGCCGAUCAAUCCGCAGCGACGUAUGUAUCCGCAGGAAAUGUUCCAGACCGGCAUCUCGACGAUCGAUGUCAUGAUGAGCGUCGCCCGCGGUCAGAAGAUUCCCAUUUUCACGUCCAGUGGCCUGCCUAGUGAUGUGGUCGCCGCACAAAUAUGUCGCCAAGCGUGCCUGGUGCGACCACCCGGCACAAAGAAGAAUGAUGCCAACGACGAUCAGUUUGCCAUCGUUUUCGCAGCAAUGGGUGCGACCCAGGAGACAGCUCGCUUCUUCCGCCGCGAUUUUGAAGAAAACGGAGCCAUGACCCGCACGGUGCUCUUCCUGAACAUGAGCAGCGAUCCAACGAUUGAACGCAUCAUUACACCGCGCCUGGCGCUGACCACUGCCGAGUAUCUGGCAUACGACUGCGGAUUGCACGUGCUGGUCAUUCUUACGGAUAUGGCUUCAUACUGUGACGCAUUGCGCGAGGUCAGCGCGGCUCGGGAGGAGGUACCAGGGCGCCGCGGCUACCCUUCGUUCAUGUACUCGGAUUUGAGCUCACUCUAUGAGAGAGCUGGCCGCGUCGAAGGCUGCAAAGGAUCGAUCACCCAGAUCCCGAUUGUCACCAUGCCGAACGGUGAUAUCACGCACCCGAUUCCCGACCUUACUGGCUACAUCACCGAGGGCCAAAUAUUCUUGGACGCAGCGCUUCACAGCCGUGAGAUUUAUCCACCGGUGAACCCGUUGCCGUCGUUGUCGCGCCUCAUGAAGAGUGCCAUAGGCGAAGGCAUGACUCGACGAGACCAUAGUGACGUGAGCAACCAGUUAUAUGCUGCGUACGCGAUUGGCAAGGAUGUGAUGGCAAUGAAAGCGAUCAUCGGUGAGGAGGCGCUUACCGCAGAAGAUCAUCUGCACCUCGAUUUUCUGGCAAAGUUUGAGUCCAAGUUCAUUCAUCAAGGUCGUAACGAGAACCGCUCUGUUUACGAAUCCCUGGACCUGGCCUGGAGUUUGCUACGCACAUUCCCCGCGCACCUUCUGAAACGUGUGUCCCAGAAGAUUCUCGAUGAAUUUUACCAUCGGGAAGGUGUUAUGGAUGGGCCUCUGAACAAAAAGCCCUAG